AUGAAGACCGUGGUGCUCGCGUUAUGGGCUAUACUACUUCUUCUGCUGGCGAGAGUCAUUGAUCGGGCACGCUGGCGGACGCUUCCCAGGCAGAGGCUGAUCAACUCCUUGCGCCUUGCGGAGAACUCAGACCUGGUGGAGGAGGAGAAUCGCCGGCUGCAGUAUGAUGAGAACGAAAGCGACUGGAACAGUAGCAAUGAGACGUCGGAAGUGAACUCCACGACGUCCACCAGUUCCACUGUGACCAGCACCAGCAGCACCCAAACACUGACAACCAGUACAGACACUGUGACCACACGGACCCGGACCACCAGCACGCGGACGACGCGGACACGCACAAGCAGCACCAGCAGCAGCGUGACACGCACGAGCAGCACCAGUAGCAGUGUGACCAGGACCACCACCAGCAGUACCAAGACGACUGUGACGGUCACGAGCAGUACCUCUAGCACUGUGACUAGCACUAGUAGCACAGUGACCACGAGCAGUUGGACGAGCACCAGCAGCACUGCCACCUCCACGUCAACUUGGAGCACCACGAGCACCACGACUUUGUGGGGCGAUGUGCUCUUGGCCUUGGAUUUCACCGUCCAUCCGCCCGAGCGAUGGCAGUUGCAGCACUUCGCUGCGGAGCUGGCGCUGAACGUCUCUCAGAGCGUGCUCGCAGAGAGCCAGAAGCGCGUGCACUUCGGCGUGGUGCUCUUUGGGCAGGAUGUGAGCUACUUUCCGCUGCCGGUGGACGAGGCGAAGUUGAACAACUUGGUCCUGGACCCUGAGCUAGGUGCACAGGUGUCCCCUCGUCCACCGCGCUACACGCACGAAGCCUUGAGCUUGUGCGAAUCGGUCUUGACCGGGAGGUAUGCACAGGUCCAAGUGGUGGUCAUUCUGACGAACGGCCUCUCGGCUGACCCGGUCCUCACCCGUCGAAGCGCGCAAGACCUGCACGCGCGGCAGGUGAGACUCUUCUCUGUGGGCAUGGACAACGUCUCGGACCGGCAGUCCGUGCGAUGGAUGGAGUUGGAGGACCUGACACUGAAGCAGCACCUCCAACGAACACGGGCAGACGCUACGAACGCGCGAACACGGGGAGCGCUGGAGACGGGGGAGACUAUGGAGUGA